UAAGGGCCUCCACCUCCACCCUGCUUGGGCACCCACCCUUCCCUGCUGGGCCCUCAUCCAGGCAUGCCCUUUCUCUUCCCACGUGCAAAGUAGACAAACUCCUGCCCAGACCUGGGCCCAACUGAGGCUCUGUGGUGGUGGUGGGGGAUGGAUGUAUGUGCCAUUGCCAUGGUCUGGGUCUUUACCCUUCUCUCAGGCUGCCCCUCCCCCGGGUCUUAGAGCCAAAGGGGCUGUGGUGACCACCUGCCCAACCCCGUGAUGCACCUGCCAGAGACCAGCCAUGAGGCGGUUCCAGGGUGGGCUGGCACCCAGGUCUCCCUGGGCCGCUGGUGUGUGUGCUUUCAGGAAGCAGUGACAUUUGGCGAUGUGGCUGUGCACUUCUCACGGGAGGAGUGGCAGUGUCUGGAUCCGGGCCAGAGAGCCCUCUACAGGGAGGUGAUGCUGGAGAACCACAGCAGUGUGGCCGGACUCGCAGGAGUCCUGGUCUUCAAGCCUGAGCUUAUCUCCCGCCUGGAGCAGGGGCAGGAGCCAUGGGUGCUGGACCUGCAGGCAUCGGAGGGCAGAGAGACAUCAAAGACCUCCCAGAUAGAUUCUACUAUCAGGACUGAUAACGAACAGGCUUAUGAAGAAAUGGAUAUUCUAAAAUCAGAAUUAAAUGGAAUGAGGAUCAAAAUCCCCCCACAGGAUUUUUCUCUGAGUCCUGGCUUUGCAGACACUUCUGAUUCUGAGGUCUUGCUAGAGAAUAAUCAGAGCAGUUCUCCUAGGCUGACGGUGAUGAACUCCCUCUUCCAGAAAAACCGUUUAAAUAAAGGGACUGUGAUGCUUAAGAAGACCUUCACCCAGAACUCCCAGGAAUGUAAUGAGGUGAGGAGCACUGGCAGCCUGGACUGUAAACUUAGUGAGAAUCAGAGAGAUACUGCCGAAGAGACAGCAGAGAGAUGUGAUGGGUGUGGCAGAAGUUUCAGAUCCAUUUCAGACAUUGCUGUAUGUUGGGAAGUUAAUAAGCAAAAGAAACUUAAUAAAUGUCAGGAGUGCCAAAAAAAAUUAUCUCACUGCUUCCAGGGGAAACAUCAAAGUAAUUGCCAAGAAGAGAAACCAUACGAAUGUGAGGAAUGUGGAAAAGUCUUCAGGUUGUGUUCACAGCUUAAUCAGCAUCAGAGAAUCCACACUGGAGAGAAACCAUUUAAGUGCACUGACUGUGGGAAAGCCUUCCGCCUGAGCUCCAAACUUAUUCAACAUCAAAGAGUUCACACUGGAGAGAAACCCUAUAGGUGUGAGGAGUGUGGAAAAGCUUUUGGUCAGAGCUCAAGCCUCAUUCACCAUCAGAGAAUUCAUACAGGAGAGAGGCCCUAUGGUUGUCGUGAGUGUGGGAAAGCCUUCAGUCAGCAGUCCCAGCUGAUCAGACACCAGAGGACUCACACUGGAGAGAGGCCCUACACGUGUAAGGAAUGUGGGAAGGCCUUCAGUCAGAGCUCAACUCUAGCUCAGCAUCAGAGAAUGCACACUGGGGAGAAAUCGCAAAUGUCGAGAACCGCAGAUAACCCAAGCCUUGCCCCACAUCAAAGAAUUCACACUGUAGAGAAACCAUUUAAAUGUGAUGAGUGUGGGAAAGCUUUUAGAUGGAUCUCUCGACUUAGUCAGCAUCAGUUAAUCCACACUGGAGAAAAACCUUAUAAAUGUAACAAAUGCACAAAAGCCUUUGGUUGUAGCUCACGGCUUAUUCGCCAUCAGCGAACUCACACUGGAGAAAAGCCAUUUAAGUGUGACGAGUGUGGGAAGGGCUUUGUCCAGGGCUCACACCUUAUUCAGCAUCAGAGAAUUCACACCGGAGAGAAACCUUAUGCAUGCAAUGACUGUGGCAAAGCCUUUAGUCAGAGCUCAAGCCUUAUUUACCACCAGAGAAUCCAUAAGGGAGAGAAACCCUAUGAAUGCCUUGAAUGUGGAAAAGCGUUCAGUAUGAGCACACAACUUACGAUCCAUCAAAGGAUUCACACCGGAGAGAGACCCUACAAGUGUAAUGAAUGUGGGAAAGCCUUCAGUCAAAAUUCAACCCUUUUCCAACACCAGAUAAUUCAUGCUGGAGUGAAGCCAUAUGAAUGUAGUGAAUGUGGGAAAGCAUUUAGUCGCAGUUCAUAUCUUAUUGAACACCAGAGAAUUCACACAAGAGCCCAAUGGUAUUAUGAAUAUGGGCAUGCCCUGGAAAGUUCGUUUGUGAGCCGUAAAAAAGUUAAUACUAUAAAGAAACUACAUAAAUGUAAUGAAUGUGAGAAAAUAUUCAGGUGGCGCUCACACCUAAUUAUACACCAGAGAAUUCACACCGGAGAGAAACCUUAUAAGUGUAAUGAGUGUGGGAAAGCUUUUAAUCGGAGCUCAAGACUUACUCAUCAUCAGAAAAGUCAUAUGGGGUAGACCAUUUACAUUUAUAAAUGUGAAUAAACCUACAGCCUUAACUCACUUAUUUUAUAUGGGGUUAUUUAUACUGUCGGAAAUUUAGAAUGUUGGGAAAGAUUUAAUUGCUCUCAAGAAAGAGAACAUCCAAAUGGAUACAAAAUGUAUGUUACCUGCUGGUAUGUUUGACCUUAUUCCAUUCAGUAAAGCCUUUGUCCCUCACAUUCAAGGUGCACAUCUGUAGAGUUUUGAGUUCACAAAUGACUCCAGGUCCCUGAGUAUGGAAAGGCUGUGUAUGAAACACCAUUUGAGCUCUGCCAAACUGAGUAGGUUAAAAAAAAGUUAAAACGUUUUCCCUUUAGGAUCAGUUACUCAAACUUUUUUAAGCAAUAAGGAAAUUUAUUAACUCUCAUAAGACAAAGUCCAGAAGAACACUACCUAGACUUCCCUUCUCCGAACUUCUUCACUUGACUCUUUUUCUUUAAAACUCACCCCACAUUGGAGCAACCCAGGGAUCCAGCCCCUUCCUCUUCAGAGGCAGGGCUGGGCUGGCAAAGUACCCGUUGCCUAUGUGGGUGUCAUUCACAGAGUACAGAUUUUGUGCCAGCACUCCAAAAACAGCCCUGGUGUCAUGACAAAGGUUUCUGAAGUCACACCUGGGAUUCCGGGAUUUACUGUGUGACCCUGAGACAUCACUUGCCCUCCCUGAAAUUCAGAGCCUAUUCCCUUAACUGAAAAUAUGCAGCUUUAUAGUUGCAAGGAUUAAACAAUGCACAAGAACACCUCACUGUGCCUGGCAGAGAGUAAGCGGUAGCAUGAAUAUGCAACCCCUCGCAUCCCACUCUCACACCUACUUGGCCAACAAGCCCAGAGCCAAGACCUCUCAAACCAGCAUUUCCAGCCAUGCCCCACCUUGCAGACAACAACCGUGUGGGCUGGAUGACCUGUCUAGCAUUGGCCCACCUCUCCACAGAAGACGCCACCCAGAAGUUAGGAUAUGUAUUGUUGAUGGCUGCAUAACAAAUGAUCUCAAAACACCUUAAAACAACAAACUGUCAAGAACUGAAGGGUCUGAGAUUUUACCCUUUCUGCGUGCUAACAAGUUAACGGAUGUGGCAAAGAAUAACCAGAUUCCUCACAGCAGAAGCCGUUGUCAGGUGUUAAUGUAACAGCAAUUUCCAUCACGCCCAGUGAGUCCCAUGAUGUUGUGCACACAGUGUAGGUGUCACAGUUGGGAGCACUGAGCUCUGGAACUUGCAGCUUUUACAGUUAGUGGGAGGCAAACUACUCUGUCCUAGGGAGACAUCACCUCAUUCCUUGAGGUUGCUUACUGCCAGCACAACCUUGAAAGAUGGCCCAGGUGAAGAGUGGCCAGACUAUACAACAAGAACAUGCAGGCAAGCUUGGACCCAUGGUGGAUCGCCUCUCCCAGCAGCCUACCCCUCAGCCUGGCACAUUCUUCGAUGAAUUCGAAUUUUCACGAGUCUGCCCUCCAUCGGCCACUCAUGUUUACCUGACUAGUCUGAGGGUCUUGGACCAAAUGCAUUCCAUUUGUCUAACACAGCAUUUAAUGAAGGCUACUAUCCCCAGGAUGAGGCCAUCCUCCAGGACUGACCUUAACCCUGCCCCUGGAUCCUGGGCUUCCCAACUAUGAACAAGUCCAGGGGACUAGUAGGUCUUAGAUAGCUAGGAUGUAGCCUAAGGUCAGUGUAUUCUACACUAUGACUCACACAAGAUCUUUGAGUCAUUGCCAAUAAUUGUGUGCCAUUGAAUUGAUUCUGACACACAGCAACCCUAUCUAUAUGUAGAACUGUCCCACAAGGUUUCCUAGGCUUUAAUCUUUAUGGUGGAGCCCUGG